AUGACCAGAGGCAGAGGGCCAGAGACAGAGGGCCAGAGACACAGGACCAGAGACAGAGGGCCAGAGACACAGGGCCAGAGACAGAGGGCCAGAGACAGAGGACCAGAGACAGAGGGCCAGAGACAGAGGACCAGAGACAUCGGAACAGAGACAGAGAGCCAGAGGCAGAGGGCCAGAGACAGAGAGCAAAAGAAAGAGGGCCAGAGGCAGAGGGCCACAGGCAGAGGGCCAGACACAGAGGGACAGAGACAGAGGGCCAGAAACAGAGGGCCAGAGACAGAGAGCAAAAGAAAGAGGGCCAGAGGCAGAGGGCCAGAGGCAGAGGGCCAGAGGCAGAGGGCCAGAGAUAGAGGGCCCAAGAAAGAGGGUCAGAGACAGAGGACAAGAGACAGAGAACAAGAGACAGAGAACAAGAGACAGAGGGCCAGAGACAGAGGGACAGAGACAGAGGGCCAGAGACCGAGAGCCAGAGACAGAGGGCCAGAGGCAGAGAGCCAGAAGCAGAGGGCCAGAGGCAGAGAGCCAGAGACAGAGGUCCAGAGACAGAAAGCCAGAGACAGAGGGCCAGAGACAGAGGGCCAGAGACACAGGGCCAGAGACAGAGAACCAGAGACAGAGGACCGAAGAAAGAUUGUUACAGAAAGAGGGCCAGAGGCAGAGGGCCAGAGGCAAAGAGCCAGAGAUAGAGGACCACAGACAGAAGACCAGAGACAGAGAGCCAGAGGCAGAGGUCCAGAGGCUGAGGGCCAGAGGCAGAGGGUCAGAAUCAGAGGGCCAGACUCAGAGGGCCAGAGACAGAAGGCCAAAGAAAGAGGGCCAGAGGCCAAGGGCCAGAUGCAGAGGGCCAGAGACAGAAGGCCAAAGAAAGAGGGCUAG